AUGAAAUCCCCUUCUCCCUUCUCCUCCCCCACCUUGCGAGCUAAGCUUGCGAGCUUCCCGAAUUUGAACUCAUCCUGCGGCCUUGCAUCUGGCCUUGUGGACGCCAUCACGUCGGUGCAGUACACGGCUGCACACCAAAAGGAGAAGAACACCGCCUGGAUCUUCCUCUCUCGUGCCUGCCUCUGUGCCUUCAGGUUCCGGCGAGGGCAGGGCCUCAUGGGCAACACGUUUGCCCCGCCGGACGAUUCAGCCAGGAUAGGCCUGUUUGCGGUGGUGUUCGGCCCCACCAAGUGCGUCUACAUCGAUGACCAUCCCUGCAACGAAAGCGCCGAGUUCACCUCCACCAUGAUGGACCGACACGCGGCAGCGGCAUGCACCACCAGGAGGAUUUGACAGCAAUGGUGGUGGUUGGCGAUUGCCUGGUGCUGCAGCGGACGGCGUCCCUGCCGAUGUCUGGGUCGGGCUGGUCGUGGGCGGCUUCCCUCGAGGGCCGCGGGGCGGUGGUCGUAGGCAGGGAAGGCGACAUCUUGAUGCUCAGCACCGCCGACGGAGAGGUAAGCAAGUACACACACGCACGAAGCGAAGCGAAGCGCAGAGAGGGACAUGCAUCUGUCCCAUGGUUGUUAUGAUGAUUCAGAUGGUGCGACAGACAGAUGAGACCACCGUGGCUGUGCUGUGGGAGGGUCGCCUUCUUCGAUGGCCUCACUCAGCGAGGGCGGUCUGGGACCAAGGACGCCAACACGGCCGUCACAGACGUCUUCCCGACCCGAAUCCGACUGCCGCACAAGGAUAGGGAGGGAGAGAGAGAGAGAGAGAGAGGCACGACACGAGAGAAUACAGUUGGGCUGGGUGGGCGCCUUUGUUGGCGUGUUCCCUCUUGUGUGCAGGAGGCAACGUGAUAGUGCUAGGGAGCGAUCUCCAGGUGGCGACGACGUUGAGGUGCGGCGCGGUGCUCCCGUCCUCCCCCCGCAGACGGCGAGAUACUCCGCCGCCCAUCACCGAGGCUAUAGUCGGUGAUGUCUGGCGUCGACGCGUCCCUUCCCCCUCAUUAUCCCCACCCAAUCGGCACAAACGGCCUUGGCGUGCGGGCCCCUGUCGGAAGCGACAUGCGUGGCGGGCGGAUGGUGGUCAGCUGCGGUGGGGGAGGCAUUGGCCGUGCUCACAGUCGAUGCAUGGGCGGUGCGGUACAUCAAUAGCCAGCCAGAGGGACGAACGUUCACGAUGGAUGGAUGAGUGGUGGAGGGGGUUCAUGAUG